AUGAGUGCUGCUCCCGUAGAUGGCGGUCUCGGACCGUCGUCCUCCCCAGUAGGAGGAUCCGGGACGCAUGAGUCCCGAUCGGAUGAACCUUCAUUGACCACCGGCUCUGGAAAUGAGGUCGAGUAUGACUGGUCUCAGUGGAUGCGGUGGGACUGGGAUGACAUAACUUCUCAGACCAAGUCAAAUCAUGCCAACGAUCCUUCAAACUCCGGGCUGGUCCUGGACCCUGUAUCAGUCAAUACCACGCAGUCUCCAGUCAACGUCGAGAACAUGGAUUUUUCAGCCGAUGUCUCGCCGCCUGGUUCUCUCACGGAUCCAACUCGUGACUGGGGCUCAUCCGUCCAGGGCGGGAGACACGUCGCCUCGUCGUCAUCCUCAUACUGGAAAGGAUGGGAUUUGAAGAACCCAUCGACCAGCCUGUCGCCUCAGUCCAACAGUUCGUCAACCCGAAAAAGGAAGACGACCAGCGACGAUGACGGUUCUGCCGGUGCGGAAGAUGACUCGCCGCCGGAAUCGAAGUUGCCGGCAAAGAAGCGAUCCCACAAUGUCAUCGAGAAGCGAUAUCGAGCUAACCUGAAUGAGAAGAUCGCCGAACUCAGGGACAGUGUUCCCAGCUUGCGAGCCAUGUCGAAGCAAGGGAAUGGAAGCUCUCCUGGUGAUGACGAUCCCGAUGGCGCAAUUCCGGCUAACAAGCUCAACAAGGCGUCCAUUCUCUCCAAGGCCACUAAGUACAUCCACCACUUGGAAUUGCGGAAUAAGCGUCUUGAAGAAGAGAACAGGGCGUUGAAGGAGAGGCUGCGGCAAUUGGACAAAUUAAUAGACCAGAGCGCCACGGCAUCCUCCGGCUCGGCAUCCUCCCCUGGCAGCUACACGGGGACUAUAGAUUCCAGUAUAGGCUCUCCUCCAAGCGUGUUCUCUCAUGCGGAAGAACCGUCACCGACUCAGAAACCGGCCAGCUCGCUUCAUCCUCCGGAGGGAUUACUCAAAGUACCCGACUAUAUCAAGCAGAUGCGGGCCUCCGCAGCGACGGACAGCCCUUUUGCAAAGUCUUAUAUCCAAGAUGAUCGUAAAUCAAAGAGAGUAUCAGAAGGCGAUGGAGGUGGACGUCCGCGCAUGGGAUUGACCAACAAAUUUAUGCUCGGUACUCUUGCCGGAUUGAUGGUCGUCGAAAGUAUCAGCACUCAAAAGAAGACGGAAUCGACUGACAAGGGGCUGCUGGCAGUCCCGUUCAGCUUUUUGAAUGACAAGGUUUUGCCUUACAUCAGGGCCUGGCAUGCGAACAUGAAUAUGGGUCCAUGGAAUUCAUGGCACGUUCGAGCUAUCUCCAACUUUCUUCUGACUGCGGUUCUUGUCGUUGGCUGUGCCUUUGUGGUCUUCCUCUACUUGUUCAACUCGCGACCUGGCUUCCAACGCAGUCCGCCGAAAACAGCUUCUGAUUCUGCAACUGCGAUGACGCCAUCCGCAUUCAGGAGACAGGCGUGGCUGACGAGUAUUCAACGAGUGGGUGUCCCACGUCACCGAUUCUUCCUCGAAUGGUUCGCAGUCACCAGCCGGUGGAUUGAGUACACCCUGGGGUGUCUCUUGGGAUGGAAACUGUACUCCUGGAUAACUGGGAUCACCGAAGAAGACGAGAAAGGUCGGGUCAAGACUUGGGACAUUGCCAUCGACGCUCAGCUGGCGGGAGGAGAUGCUGAAGUGAGCAAGUCCCGGCUGGUCCUUACGAUUUUCGCCGCGGGCACUCUGCCACGCAGCCCGGAGAGGAUGAUGCUUAAAGCUCUCCAUUGUCGCAUCUUGCUCUGGAGACUCGGCGAGCCGGGCUCGUUCAUCUUUAGGGUUGCUAACGAUAUCGCCCGGUUGUUGGCUAGAUACCAGUGGGGCCUUGCAAGGAAGAUGAAUCGAUCGUUGCCGAAGGACCACCCAGACUCUCUGCCCAGCCAUCUUGCUGCUCUGGUGGAGCGGGAAUGUGACGAGGUCAUGAUUGAUUCGGUCAUCCAACGUGCCGCCAAUCUGACUUGGAAUCGACCCACCCAAGAAGCAACCGACGACGAUGAAGCGCUUCUCGAUGUGGUCGUCGAGGAUCCGGCGAUUCGAUCGUCUUUGGAUUCUCUCGCGGCAUGGUGGUCCAGUCACGUGUUACAGCGUGCACUGCUGCGGUCCUUCGAGGCUGGGCACGACAGCCCUUCAACCGAGAAGUCUCGGGGUCUACUGCGGGAGAAGCUCGAGCUUGCGCUGAAUGUGGCGCCCCGGCCAUCUGCUGCAUACACACGGGCGCUAGCCAUGAAAGCAGUCUUCUUCGAAGAGGACAGGAUCCAGAAUAUUGGGGCGGUCCUUGCUGCGUUGCCAUCCAAGAAAGAUAAGCAGACCCAAGCCUCGAAUUUUCUCGACUCAUCAAUCCCGGUUUCCGUGCGUGAGGAAAUCGCGAUCGCCGUCCGUUGCGCGAUGAUUGCCGCUAUCCUCAAAGCGCGAGCGACCAACGACACUUCUCUGCCGUCGUACUUGACCGUUCGCAAAGCCAUUGCCUGGUUCAACCAGCUUCCUUUGGACCCCGUCGAGCUGACUCUGGUUGGGUUUACCGCUGUCUACCAUCUGCUGCAUGUCGUCACGACCUAUGGCGAUCUCCUCUCUGCGUCUUCAUCGUCCGAGUCAUCGUCGCCGCCCUCGUCGUCAGGCGGUCCAUCCCCUGCAUCGACGGGGUCUUGGGCGGACGACGAGCGAGAUCGCAAGCCUGGCGCAACCCACAAGCGCACUCGUUCCGACAGUAUUACGGAGCCAACACCGCAGUACGGCCGCGUGGCGGAGGAUCUGAUGUACUGGGCCCGUCACGCGUACAAUCCCGCCUUCUACGGAUUCACGAACAGCCUCGUCGACAUUGUGGAAGCGGAGUGCAUUGCGGUGUGUAAGGACGUCGGGAUCGACGUUGCCGACCAUACGCAAUCAGUCCGCUCCAGUCUCCGGAAGAUCAUGAAAGCGGAGCGGAAGCAUCGCAAGCAGCACACCACCGGGCGAGAGCAGACGGCCGUCGAGGGUGAGGAUUCGAAGGGCCAUCGCCGGCACAGCUUAGAAAGCAACGAUACCGGCUAUGGGAGCGGGAGCGGCAGCGGGAGCUAUGGCGACGAUCACCGACAGAGCAUCAUGACGCCGUUGACAUAG